UCUUGUAAAAGUAAUGAUAUUGGUACCAGAAAGAUGUUCUACAAGUUGGACCAGGAACCGGGAAUGGCGAUGCAUGCCUAUAAUUCCAGCUCUUGGGAGGCUGAGGCAGGAGGAUCGCUACGAGUUUGAGGUGAAGCUUGGCUACAAGUGUGUUUAAGGCCGGCCUGAACUGCAUAGUGAGAUGCUCUCAAAAAACCCCUAAGAAGUCUGACCUGGAAAAGACCCUCUUGGCUUGGGAGUUGAGUUGAAGAAAGUUAUCAUUCAACAUGGAAGGAGAUGAGUUCUUGGAGGAAAAAACAUUCCAGCAUUAUUGUGCAGAAUUCAUUAAACAUUCACAACAGAUAGGCGAUGGUUGGGAAUGGAAAACAUCAAAGGACUGUUCUGAUGGCUACAUGUGCAAGACAAGCCUCCAAGCAAAGGCAACGGCGGGAUCGCGUCCAGGCACGUCCACCAAGGUGGAGAUGUGGCUUCGCGCAGAGGAGGCCCUAGAGGUACCCCUGGAUGAUUCGGAAGUGACUGAGACGGCCGGAGCGUCUGAAGUGGUUAAAUAUGAGUAUCACGUCUUAUAUUCCUGUAGCCACCAAGUGCCUGUACUGUACUUCAGAGCAAGCUUUUUAGAUGGGAGACCUCUCACCCUGCAGGACAUCUGGGAUGGAGUCCACGAGUGCUAUAAGACGCGAUUGCUGCAGGGUCCUUGGGACACAAUCACCCAGCAGGAACAUCCAAUACUGGGACAACCCUUUUUUGUACUUCAUCCUUGCAAGACUACUGAAUUCAUGACUCCAGUGUUAAAGAAUUCCCAGAAAAUCAAUAGGAACUUCAACUACGUCACAGCGUGGCUGAGCAUCGUGGGGCCAGCUGUGGGGCUGAAUCUCCCUCUGAGUUAUGCCAAGGUCACCUCCCAGGAUGAAUGAGAGGUCCACUGACAAGAUUCUUCUGUUCGGCUUAGCAAUUGCAGCAAGAAGAACUCCUGGAGCUUACCUGGCCAGCCCAGUUCUUGUGAGAGCAGCGCUGUGCAUAUUUCCUGCCACCAGGAGUUGACAUGGGUUGUUCCCCCUGGGAGGACAAUACCUGCCAUAACUGACAUUUGAUAUACUGAAUGGUUAGAAGAAACCUGUUAGAGAUACAAUCACUCUAAGUGGCAAAAACCCAAAUCUAAUUCAGUAUUUCUGUAAACACAGGCACCAUUGGGAUGCUUACGGGUUAUUCUUUUCUGGGCCAGUCACUUCACAUGCCUUCUCCCAGUAUGGAACGUGAUGCAGAAAUGUACCCGUGUGUUCAUCUUAAUGUAAGAGGUGUGCACAUUAAGGUACUGAAUUAGCCUGCCCCUCGGCGCACACAGAGGCCCAUGCCUGCAGUCCCAGCACUUUGGGAGGCUGAAGAAGGAUCGGAUCCCAAGUUAGCAUCCUACCUGAGCAACUCCACAAGACCCUGCUUGAAAAUAGAAAAUAAGUAAUGGAGAUGGAGAUGGAGCUCAGUGAAGGCCAUAGGUUCAAUCCCAGUACCGGGAGGAAAAAAAGGAAUUUACAUGGGCUUGAAAACUGAUGUUAUAAAUUAUAUAAGACCUGGUGAUGUUAUAAGUUAUAUAUGACCUGGCUUUGAUUAUUCUCCCACAAACAAACUCAGGGACAAUAGGUUAUUUCUAUUUUGCUCUGUACUAGUGUGUGUGUGUGUGUGUGUGUGUGUGUGUGUGUAUGAUAGGACAUACAGAAUAAAGGGAAAAUAUAAACA